GGAAACUUCCAAAACAAACACGACAAAAACAAACUUGCCCUUGUUUACAUAGUGGCGUUUGCGCUUUAAAAUACAAUCUCUCAGAAACUAGACAGGAAAAAAAACACCCCAGCUAUGUAGCUUAACCGAGCAAAACUCCGCAGGAGCACCCGUCUGAAAUACUCGCAGUGCGUGUCGUUGAGAGUCUAUCCUUGCAACUUUGCAUAUUGCGGGGAUGUGAUACAGUAUCUUUAAAAAGGGAUUUGCAAAUGAGCGACAAAACUUUCUAACCAAUUGCAACAAAAAAAAGCGUCUUUAUUUCGCUCCGUGCAUGUUGUUUUAAUGAUUUUAGUGAAACAGUCGUUUCGGUUUUGCUCUGAGAGUGUUUUUUUUUUUAUUUUGCAGUCCUGUCCGUGUUAGAGUUGGAUAACUGUAAGGGAAAUUGCCUGGUUUUUUUUUUUUGGUUUCUCUUCGUUCACAAAACGAGUCCGGCAGCAUUGGUCAUCAUCCUCUUAUUUUACACAGUCAUGUCACCGUGGGGGAAGGUUCACCUCAAAGUUAUUUUACUUGGCAAUUCUGGGGUGGGGAAAUCGUCCUUCAUGAACCAGUUUGUGAACCAUCGCUUCACCAAUCUGUAUCGCUCCACCAUCGGGGCAGACUUCCUCACGAAGGAGAUGACGAUGGACGGGAACACGGUCGUCCUGCAGAUCUGGGACACGGCCGGCACGGAGCGGUUCCAGUCCCUGGGUCUGGCGCUGUACCGAGGCGCUCACUGCUGUCUGCUGCUCUUCGACGUCACCUCCUCUGCUUCGUUCCGGGCGCUGGAUCUGUGGAGGAAGGAGUUCCUGAUCCAGGCCGACCCGGCCCAUUCCCAACACUUCCCAUUCGUGGUGGUGGGGAAUAAGAGCGACCUCCCGGAGCGGGAGGUCUCCGGUAAACUGGCCCAGGACUGGUGCCGGGAGAAUAACGCAGAGUAUUUCGAAGCCAGCGCCAAGGAGGCGGUGAACGUCGAGCGAGCAUUUCAGAGCGCGGUGCGGCUCUCCCUGCAGUAUCACAAGGACAACACCCCAGAACCUGCUUUUGAGAGCUUCCAACUGUCCUCCAAAAACGAGCCAGAGGAGAAACCCACCAAGCAGUGCGCCUGCUGAGUGUACCGCUUCAAAACAGCACCCCCUAUCUGCGGGGGGGGGGGGGGGGAGAGAGAGGAACUGACUUUUAUUAUUCACAGCAGCAGCAGCUGUUGUGGAUUCACCUCGCGGAACGCAGCAAGACGCCACGCUGCUGCGGCGACGGUACUCAAACCUGGCCCUUGAGAUCCAGGUCUUUAUUUCAAGCAGGUUCUAAAAUCUCAGGGCUCGGUUAACAAGGUUUCAGAACCUGCUCGGAGUAAAAACCUGGACCGGCUCGGCUCUCGAGGGCCAGAACUGAGAACCACUGAGCCGCAGUGUCAGCACUGACUGGACUAGGACUCUGGGUCCAUAAUCCAGGGUGUGUCCAAAGCUGGCUCUUCCACCCGCUGUGGUCUCUGAUCCAAACCCUGCUCUAAAUGGAGCAGAUUAAUUAAAUCUCCAUGUAUCCAGACCCUGUUAAACCUGCCUGGAGAGGGACAGCCAUCCACAACCGGGACUGACUGGACAGCCCUCCAGGACCGGGACUGACUGGACAGCCCUCCACGACCAGGACUGGACAGCCCUGCUUUAAUCGUACAAAGCCAUUAUGCAUGGAGAUAUAAAAAAAUUAAUUAAAAAUUGAAACACGCUUAA